AUGUCCUUCUACAACCCACUCAGCAUCAUGGCUGCGGAUGCUACGGAUGCUUUCUUGCCGCUCCGCAUCCCGGGACCAUGGCUGCUGUCCCUGCUUCUUCUCUUCGCUUCCGAUUUCCCUGCACCGGCCCUUGGCUUGCUGGGCUUCCGUCCGGAGGACACAGGAAAAGAGCUGUCCGUGGAGGAUGGGGUGCUGAAGGCGACCGAAGGAACGCGCUUCAUGUUACGCGUGUACUAUGCAGCAUCUCCGCAGAGGCUCAACCGAACUGUCAGCGGCAGAGCCGACGCUGCAACUGCACCGUGGAUCGCGUUUAUAGAGGAACCCGAACCUGGCAGAGAGGGACAGGUUCACCCAAAACGGAACUUGUGCGUUGAAGAAAGUGCACGGAGCUCUGACAUCGAGCUGCUAGGGACUUUUAAAUCUGCCUCAAGCCAGAAUUCCAUCCUGGUGGAGUUGCUUGCUAAAGACCUUCGACGAGGUGAGAAAAUCAAGUAUUAUUCAAUGUGUGCCUUUGACGGGGCGAAGUGGGAGCACUUUAGAACGAGAGACUUCUGGCUCGCAGUUGUCGAGCGGCAACCUCAUGCAGACGGAUGGCUUCAAGCGACUCUAUCGGUGCUGCUGUUGGCGCUGUCUGCGCUCUUCAGCGGGCUCGUUAUAAGUAUGCUGGCUCUUGACCCCGUGGAGCUCAAAGUGCUCCAAAACAGCGGCACCGAGAAGGAGCAAAAGUAUGCGCGAAAGAUCGAGUCUGUGCGCAAACACGGCAACUACGUGCUCUGCACAUUGGUUCUGUGCAAUGUGCUCACCAAUACAUUCUUAGUUAUUUGGAUGUGCCAAAUUCUAGGACUCACCCCUCUGUCGACGGCAGCCUGCACUUUUCUGAUCUUCUUUGUUGGAGAGAUUCUGCCGCAUUCCGUUGCAUCCAGACACGGACUGGCAAUAGCUUCCAAAACCAUCUGGUUGACACGACUGCUGAUGUUGGUGACGUUUCCCAUCACAUACCCAAUUAGCAAAUUAUUGGACAACAUGUUGCACCAAGAAAUUAGUAACUUCUACACUCGCGAAAAGUUACUGGCAAUGCUGCGCGUCACAGAUCCCUAUCACGAUUUGGUGAAAGAGGAACUCAACAUUAUACAAGGGGCCCUGGAACUUAGGACCAAAACAGUCGAGGAUGUGCUGACUCCGCUCAAUGACUGCUUCAUGCUGGCUUCAGACGCCAUCCUGGAUUUCUAUACAAUGUCUGAUGUCAUGCAGAGUGGUUAUACACGGAUCCCUGUGUUUGAAAAUGAGAGGUCUAACAUCGUGGACAUUCUGUUUGUUAAAGACCUCGCCUUCGUUGACCCAGACGACUGUACCCCUCUAAAAACCAUCACCCAGUUCUACAAACAUCCUCUGCACUGUGUUUUUAAUGAUACCAAGCUUGAUGCAAUGCUUGAGCAGUUCAAGAAAGGGAAGAGCCACUUGGCUAUAGUGCAGAGAGUCAACAAUGAGGGAGAAGGGGACCCGUUCUAUGAAGUCAUGGGCAUUGUAACUUUGGAGGAUGUUAUUGAAGAGAUAAUCAAGUCGGAAAUUGUGGAUGAGACAGAUCUGUACACCGAUAACCGCACUAAGAGGCGAGUGUCUCACCACGAGAGAAAACAGCAAGACUUCUCUAUCUUCAAACUACCUGACAGUGAGAUGAAGGUGAAGGUGUCCCCUCAACUGCUGCUGGCCACACACCGUUUUCUAGCUACAGAAGUGGAGCCUUUUAAGCCUUCUCACCUCUCAGAGAAGAUCCUGCUGCGCCUCAUUAAGCAUCCAAGCGUUGUGCAGGAACUCAAGUUUGAUGAGAAAAACAAGAAAUCACCAAAGCACUACCUCUACCAGCGCAACAAGCCUGUUGAUUAUUUUGUCCUGAUUUUGCAGGGUCGAGUGGAAGUUGAGAUUGGUAAAGAAGGGCUGAAGUUUGAAAACGGUCCUUUCACUUACUAUGGCAUGCCUGCCAUUAUGGCUGUCCUACCCACAGUUCACAGGUCACCAUCACGCAGCAGCGGACUAAACCAUUCUGACACUACUAUCCACGGGGGUAGUCUGGGCCAGCUGAGCAUAAGUGGAGGGGCAUACCUACCAGACUAUUCUGUACGCCAGCUCACGGACAUGCAAAUUAUCAAGAUCACCCGUAACCACUAUCAAAAUGCUCUGACAGCCACACGGAUGGACAGCUCUCCUCAAACACCUGAUGCAGAAACACAGGCCCCAGGCGAGAGAUCGACCAUCCCAGAGACUCGCUCCAACAGCAUUGCCCUGCCCCUGACUCGCUCCCACCAACACACGCACCACUUCAGACAGCCCCACAGUACCUCCACACUCAACGAGAGGAACCGCAUCGUCAGGAGUAAAUCAGAUGGGCAGAAGAGCCCCAGUGACUCCGUGUUUCUGCGCAUGGACGAGAUCCCCUACAUGCGGACCGAAUGUCUAGAAGAAAAAGGAGGAAAUGACUCUAUGACCAUACCUAUGGAAACGGGCCUGUCCACGUCUCAGUUGAUCAGCUCACACUCUCUGAAUGGAUCAGAUGAGACACUGGGCAAGAAGCUGCUUCGUAAACUGAGUAACAAAAAGCGGAAAAAGUCCCGCGAUGGGGAGAAACCAAUAGAGGACAGUUGUGAACAGUCCCAGAUGAAGACCUAGCACCUAGAGUGUGGGCCUUCGCCUUUCACACACUUCUACAGACUCCCAUCAAUGUGAAAUCUCCUACUGUAAUGCUGACUGACUUUUUAAAGGAGAAAAGAGCUCAGUGUGCUGAGAAGGACACUGAAGAAGAUCUUAAGACCUUGCCUUCUACAUUUCAACAGGGCCUUCUGUUGUUGGAAGAAAUUCUUCAGUUAAAUGAUAUUUUGUUGUAAGGUCAUAAAAAUUCAGGACGUAAUCUGCAUUCAGGCACCAGUAAGACUACCCAGUCUACCUAGUCCAGUUUUGGGAUGCGUGCUAAGCAGAGUCUAGACACAACUUGUGUUUAAUGUUUAGAGGUACUACAUAACAUUUUUUUCAGUGCGGUUUACAAUUUGCAGACGUUGGUUGAUGAUGAUGUCACCUCUAGUCACUGCAGUGAUUUCACGCAUGCCUCUGGUCCAGGCAAAGCUCACAAGCACAAGCCUGCAGUGCUUUAGUCGCCAUUUUACCCACUCUGAGGCCUAACCUUCUGAGAGGGUCAGGAAAACAUGAUAAUCAUUCAGUAUUGCUUUGGACUGAGUAAAUAGUGUUUUGUUUCAUUAUUAUAUUAAUUCAGAGAUAUUUGCUAGGCUGUGCCUGGACGUGUAUCAAGAGAAUUUAACAAUGAAGCACUUUGAAAGAUAGUCCUUUGAUUUGAUAUUCAGUUGUCAGUACAAAGGUAAGUGAAUGAAACUGCCUAUAUUAGGUCAGUGCUAUUAGCUUUUUUAAAAGCUCUUAGCCACAUAGGUAUUAUUUAUGCUGUGUGCUAUUUUAUUUCUUUCCUUUUUUUUCAAUCAAGCUACUAUUAACGAGAAUCAGGCAAAUGGAGAUUCUGCCUUGGACACAAGGUGAAAAUGAUGUAAGUGGCUUUUCUUCAUUUCUUAUAGAAGAAUAUUAGCUGUUUUAGACCACAUCUAGAUAGUUGUGAGCAUUAUUAGCAUACUUACAGGAUGGGUAAAGGUCUAAGCACAUUCUGUCAACAAAUUUUAUGUUUAGAGGGUAUACAUAUAUAUAUAUACACAUAGAUAUUAAGGCAUGCUUUUCUCAAAUAAUUAUUGCUACUAUGUAAAAGAA